UGACUGUCUGUAGGCUACCUCUUCUCCGGUCGUUGGGAGCCCUGGCGGAGGACUCUCUCCACGGCUGAAGCCCGUAUCAAGCUUGUGCACUCUCGGUACGCGCCGUGUCCGGUAAACAGCGCAGAGGACGGGAAGGUGAAACGCUCUAUUUUUACUCGCUGUGGAUAUAUAAAGUCGCGCUGCCAGCUGGAGGGGGUGACAGUUGGACACAUCCUCAGCGCAGCCAGGCGUUAGAGGCGCUGGUGCCCCGGAGAGGAGCAGGAAGACGGAGGACGACUUCUUUCUGGUUUCUCAGCAACAGGGGACGGGCGGAGAGAGGAGAAAGAUGCCCAAACCGAUCAACGUGCGCGUCACCACCAUGGACGCUGAGCUGGAGUUUGCCAUCCAGCCCAACACGACAGGCAAACAGCUCUUUGACCAGGUGGUGAAGACGGUGGGUUUAAGGGAGGUGUGGUUCUUCGGCCUGCAGUACACAGACAGCAAAGGCUACGUGACGUGGCUCAAACUCAACAAGAAGGUGACCCAGCAGGAUGUGAAGAAGGAGAAUCCGCUGCAGUUCAAGUUCAGAGCAAAGUUCUUCCCAGAGGAUGUUUCUGAGGAGCUGAUCCAGGAGAUCACACAGAAGCUCUUCUUCCUGCAGGUGAAGGAGGCCAUUCUGAACGAUGAGAACUACUGUCCCCCGGAGACCGCCGUGCUGUUGGCCUCGUACGCUGUCCAGGCCAAGUACGGAGAUUACAGCAAAGACAUUCACAAGCCCGGCUACCUGGCCUCCGACCGGCUGCUGCCACAAAGAGUUCUGGAGCAACACAAGCUGACGAAGGAGCAGUGGGAGGACAGAAUACAGACCUGGCACGAGGAGCACAGAAGCAUGCUCAGGGAGGAUGCAAUGAUGGAGUAUCUAAAGAUCGCUCAGGACCUGGAGAUGUACGGCGUCAACUACUUUGAAAUCAAAAACAAGAAGGGCACAGAGCUGUGGCUUGGGGUCGACGCCCUGGGGCUCAACAUCUAUGAGCAUGAAGACAAGUUGUCUCCAAAGAUCGGCUUCCCCUGGAGCGAGAUCAGGAACAUCUCCUUCAACGACAAGAAGUUUGUCAUCAAGCCCAUCGACAAGAAAGCUCCAGAUUUUGUGUUCUACGCCCCUCGGUUGCGGAUCAACAAGCGCAUCCUGGCGUUGUGUAUGGGAAACCAUGAGCUGUACAUGAGGAGGAGGAAGCCCGACACCAUCGAGGUGCAGCAGAUGAAGGCCCAGGCCAGAGAGGAAAAGCACCACAAACAGAUGGAGAGAGCGCAGCUGGAGAACGAGAAGAAGAAGCGCGAGCUGGCGGAGAAGGAGAAGGAGCGGAUAGAGCGAGAGAAGGACGAGCUGAUGGAGAGGCUGAGGCAGAUCGAGGAGCAGACGCAGAGAGCUCAGAAAGAGCUGGAGGAGCAGACUCGGAAAGCGCUGGAGCUGGAGCAGGAGAGGAAGCGGGCGAAGGAGGAGGCGGAGCGUUUGGAGAGGGACAGGCAGGCGGCGGAGGAGGCCAAGGCAUCGCUGGCUCAACAGGCCGCCGACCAGAUGAAGAACCACGAACAGCUGGCUGCUGAGUUAGCGGAGUUCACGGCCAAAAUCGCUCUGCUUGAAGAGGCCAAGAGGAAAAAAGAAGAGGAAGCAACAGAAUGGCAACACAAAGCUCUGUCGGCACAGGACGACCUGGAGAAGACCAGGGAGGAGCUGAAGACGGCCAUGACGUCUCCGCCGGCGCCCGAGCACGACGAGCACGACGAAACGAACGCCGAGGCGAGCGCCGAGCUGCUCAGCGAUGGCGUCACCAGCCACCGCAGCGAGGAGGAACGCAUCACUGAGGCGCAGAAGAACGAACGAGUCAAGAAACAGCUACAGGCUCUGAGCUCGGAGUUGGCCCAGGCCCGUGACGACACUAAGAAAACGCAGAACGACAUGCUGCACGCCGAGAACGUCAAGGCGGGAAGAGACAAGUACAAAACCCUGCGCCAGAUCCGCCAGGGUAACACCAAGCAGCGCAUUGACGAGUUUGAGUCCAUGUGAGGCGGGGUGAAGGGCGGACACAACGAUGGAGAGGGACAGUUAGUCUCGUUGCCAUGUCAACGCCUCACUUUCCUUGUAAAGCCCAAAAACCUGCCGCCACCGCAGGAACACCUGCUCUUGUUCUAUCAGGAGAAAGACCAGCUGACGGGCUUUGUAGCUUCAGCCUCGCCAAAGCUCUGCCAAGCAGCGGUUGGCCAAUCACACUGCUACCUGCUUUUUAGAGCUCCCCCCCCCCCCCAAACAAAGCACAUGUCUUUUAAUCUGUUGGAAAAAUAGCAAGCAACAUAUCCUGUCAAACGUGGACUCCUCCCUUGUACAAUAUUGACAAUAUUAAUGCUUGCAUGUAUGAUAAUUAAACAGCAACAGGACCGGUAGACGAAGUGAGACGGGACAGAAUUGGCUGAUAUCGUUGCUUUUACUCAACAAAAUAAAAUGGCCAUUUGUAGCUUUUUGAUGUUGCUGGCACACUUGUCCGUAAAGCUUUAAUAUCUGUACCUUACUUUUAUUCUUUUGUCAUCAGUUGAACAAUUUAAUUCAUUUGUUUAAAAAAAAAAGAAAAAAAAGGAAACGCCUUAUUCGUCUCAUUUCCCUUCUAUCUAGUUUUACCUUUUGUUCGUGUGUAGGGGAAGUUAGCCUGUUCCGUUCUGCUAUCAUUGAUCUGUUCAUGUUACAUCAGCUAAUUUAUCUUCUUGAAUGGCUGUCGGUUUGCUGAAGCUCGCUCUGAGCAAACACGUAUGCAAACUCAAUCUGCUUGUUUUUAACGCUAACUGUGCUGGCGUCCUCCAUCCACUGAGACGUUUGUUCAAAUAUAUAUUUUGCCCCACAAUAAAGAAUGAAUUUAUAUUUCCAACUAUGAAGCUACA